UUGGUGAGGGAGUGAGCAAAGCAGGAAGGGAGGCAAGGCAUUGAAUGCUAAAAAGGGUAUUAUACGUUGAAGGAGUGCUGAAAGGUGGGGGGUUAACAUUAUGAGAAUGGAGAGGUACAAUUAACCUGCUAUGUGCCAGAUCACUAUUUACGUUGAUCGUCAUCAUCAUCGCCGCAACCACCUUCAUCGUUCCCUAUUAAGUGAAAUGUAUCGGGUCUGCAUGGAAUCCUACUAAUUAAGCAUGGAGAUUGAAAACAUCGUGGCCAAUACCGUGCUGCUGAAAGCCAGAGAAGGUGGCGGUGGUAAGAGGAAUGGCCGCAGUAAGAAAUGGAAGGAGAUGCUGCGGCUGCCACAUAUCAGUCUGUGUGAGGAGCUGAGGCGAGUAAUAGAAAGGGAUUACUCCAGUCUCUGUGAGAAGCAACCGAUUGGAAGACUUCUCUUCCGACAGUUCUGCGAUACAAGGCCAGAGCUGAAACGGUGCGUUGAGUUCUUAGACGCCGUGGCGGAGUAUGAAGUGGCGCCAGACGAGAAGCGCAAAGACUGUGGGAUGAAUGUUUUAGACAAAUACUUCAAUAAUGGGUCGGCAGCCCAUUUACCAGAAAUACCUCCGGAAGUAGUACGAGAAUGCAGAGAGAAGCUGAAGCACACUCCCUGCAAAGAGCUCUUUAAAGAGUGCACUAAAAUUGUUCAUGAAUAUCUCAGAGGAGUACCGUUUUCACAGUACCAAGAGAGCAUGCAUUUUUCACGCUUCAUACAGUGGAAAUGGUUAGAAAGGCAACCUGUAACCAAAAAUACCUUCAGGCAUUACAGGGUACUGGGAAAGGGUGGAUUUGGAGAGGUUUGUGCCUGCCAAGUCCGCGCUACCGGUAAGAUGUAUGCCUGUAAAAAGCUUGAAAAGAAAAGAGUAAAGAAGAGAAAAGGUGAAGGAAUGGCAUUAAACGAAAAAAGAAUUUUAGAAAAAGUUAACAGUAGCUUUGUAGUUAGUUUAGCCUAUGCCUAUGAAACUAAGGAUGCACUUUGUUUAGUAUUAACCAUAAUGAAUGGUGGGGACUUGAAAUUCCACAUCUACAGCAUGGGAAACCCUGGCUUUGAUGAGGAGAGGGCCAUUUUCUACGCUGCAGAGAUCUGCUGUGGCCUGGAGGAUUUACACAGAGAGCGGAUUGUGUACAGAGACUUAAAACCAGAGAACAUUCUUUUAGAUGACCGUGGUCAUAUCCGCAUUUCAGACCUCGGCCUAGCAGUCCAGAUCCCUGAGGGAGAGACGAUACGUGGGAGGGUUGGGACUGUCGGAUACAUGGCCCCAGAGGUGAUCCUGAAUGAGAGCUACACGUUCAGCUCAGACUGGUGGGGGCUGGGCUGCCUGGUGUUUGAGAUGAUCCAAGGCCAGUGCCCUUUCCGGCGACGCAAGGAGAGGGUAAAGCGGGAAGAGGUGGACCGGCGAGUACGUGAGGACCAGGAGGAAUACUCGGACAAGUUCUCUGAGGAGGCCAAGUCCAUCUGCCGGAUGUUACUGAAUAAAGAUCCCAAAGUACGGUUGGGCUGUCAAGGGCAAGGGGCUGCAGAGGUGAAGCAGCACCCGAUAUUCAAAAGCGUCCACUUCAAGAGGCUGGAAGCUAACAUGCUGGACCCUCCCUUCACUCCUGACCCUCGAGCAGUGUACUGCAAAGACGUCUUGGAUAUUGAGCAGUUCUCCACAGUCAAGGGGGUAAACUUGGACCCUACAGAUGACGAUUUCUAUCACAAAUUUGUUACAGGCAGUGUCUCCAUCCCCUGGCAGAAUGAGAUGAUCCAGAUGGAAUGUUUCAAAGAAAUCAAUAUAUAUGAGACAGAUGGGACACUGUGUUCGGAUCUUGAUGUAAAUAAGCCCGUCCCCCCGCCAAAGAGAGGCUUCUUUUACAGACUCUUUAGGAGAGAGGUCUGUUUUAAGAGUGGGUAUAGUGAUGAUGAAGAGGGGCCCUCAAGAAUUUAAACCACUCUCUCAACCAAAACAUUGCAAUGUUUAAAAAAUUAAAAAUGAAUGUUUUACUCUAUUUAUGAAUUGUAUUAUAAUUUUAAAAAAAAACUGUAUGAGUUUACAGAUUUUGUACAUUUGUACCUGAAUUAUGUCUAGAUGUAUAUUUUCACUAAAAGUUGUAUUGUACAAAAAGCCAUAUAAGUACCACUUGAAUGCAUACAUACUUUUUUUUGGAAUGAAUAUAAUAUGUAUUUAAAGUUUUUUUUUUUUUUUUUUAAAGAGCACAGUAGGUAUCUGUGGUGUUUAUCAUUUAUUUUGUAACAGCAGCCGAAGGAUCUAUGUCUAAUGUUCAGAAUCUGUUUAUGUCUACUAUAUUGAAGAGGAUACCUGCUCAACUGCUAAACAAGGUCAUUCAUCUUGCUUAAUCAAUCCACGAGGUACAUUAAAUACAUUACAGCUUUGUCAUUUCCCAAUGACUUGACAAAUAUGAUAAGGGGCACCUCCUAGAGAAUUGAACAAAUCAUACAGCAUAAUUUAUUUACCAUUGGCAUACAGUUUACCCCUGUACCUAGAGCUGCAUUAAUAUAAAUAUCGGGCAGGCUUUAGGGGAAGAUUUGUAAAGUUGUCUGGACAUGUAAAUUAUAACUGUUUUUCUUCAGAAAUUCAUGGUCACAUCUGAAGUUGCUGGAAAGACAAAAAAAAAAUAAUAAUAAUUGUGAAAAUACCUAUAAUCAGUAAACUCAGUUCUGGCAUCAAAAUGCAUUAAGUAUCAAAAACAGUCCUGAAACCUAUCAUCAUAUUUUUCUUAACCACUUCUGUCACAAAAAUAAUUUCCUUUCACAUGUACCAUUUUUUUUAUGCACACACUUCAUUCCACUUUAAAGGAAUGUCAAUCAAGUCAAUCAAAAUCUAUUUUAAAUGUCUUGUAAACCAUAGAAACAUUAUCACUGUUUGUUGAAAGCUCUUUGAGCUUAUAUAUAUAUAUAUAUAUAUAUAUAUAUAUAUAUAUAUAUAUAUAUAUAUAUAUACAGUAUAUAUAUAUACACACACACACAUACACACACUGCUGUGCAAAAGUCUUAGACAUGUUGCAUUUUUCUACUCUGAUGCAUUAUGAGCAUCAACAAUUUACUCAAAGCCUCCACUAGUGUUUUCUACCAUUACAACAACCUUGACUUGCAUAAAGAGGGAAAGAAAAGUUUAAUUGACAACAGAACUGUCCGAAGGCACAGAUGUCGUUGUCCAUCCAUCAACAGUUCAAAACACCUUAGGCCAUUGUUUCCUAGUAAAAUUUCUGUCCAAUUUUCUUGGACAUAUUUUAGCCUUUUAGUCUUGUUCCCCUUUUUUAACAGAGGUGUUCUUACUGCAACACAUCCUUUAAGUCCUGAUUGGACAACGACACCUGUGCCUUCUGCCAGUUCUGUUGUCAAUUCAAAGCUUGUCUUCUUUCUAUUCCUUAAGGAUAUUAUCUUCAAGUAUUACUUAUCCUUGUUAGACAGCUUUUUGGGUCUUCCAGUCCUGGGUUUGUCAAUUACAAAUGAUGUUUCUCUAUACCUGUUGAUUAUGCUUCGGAUAUCACACCUUGAAAAUCGAAUGAUACAAGCGAUUUCACUCAAUGUUUUUCUUUCUUUAUGCAAGUCAAGGUUGUUAUAAUACUAGAAAACACUAGUGGAGGCUCUGAGUAAGUUGUUGAUGCUCAUAAUGCAUCAGAGUAGAAAAAUGCACCAUGUUUAAGACUGUUGCACAGCUGUGUAUAUACUUUAAAUUCAAAUCGAACACUACAGCUGAAAAGUUGCUGAGAUGUAGUUUGUAUUUGAAAUAUAUCCAUAACCCGGUUUAAUAAAAACAAAGUGAAAACCCCAAAGUUUUCUAAACCGUAAAAGGGAAGUCUUUAAUAAUGUUAAUAAAGCUGAUUAGAGGUAAGAAAAUGGAUUUGAAAGCAUUGGUCGUAUGUACUGGGGUACCCUGUGCAGCAGUGCUGUCCUCAUACUUGUUGGAGUGUAGUGUGUAGCAAUAACUGUCAGAAAGUGGGUCAGAGUCCCGCUAUCUGCUUCAUACAUCAAAGACCCAUUUUAGAUAUUCAAAUCUAGUAACAUAGGACAUACACAGCUAAAAGAAAACGUUGCUACUUGUAGUAUUUGAGAACUGAAGUAGGUGUGUUAUCCUAUGAAUCUAUAGAGUAAUGGUGAGAUACAGGUUUAGCUGUACAUACAUCAAAGUUACUUUGUAAUGCAGUUAGUCAGAAUUUCCUGUCACAAAAAGUAGUUAGUUUUCUGUAGUACAUGCCCUUCUAAACAGACAACUGCUUGUGCGUCUAAAAACACAACCAAAAAGUAACAAAUAUCUGUUGUUCAGUGUCCCAGGAUUUUGUUCAUCAGGUAUUGCGUGUACUUUUAAUAUUUUAAAGCUGUGAAACGGGUGACAAUCUGUGCAUUAUGAGCCACGUUUACUUUUUCUGUAUGUGUUUUUUUGCUACAUCCCGAUAGUUAUUCAUAAUAUUAUAAUUUGUUUCUUUUUUUUUUUAAACUAUAUAGAAGACAGUUAGUAUUGGCUGAGUCACGUCAGCCAUUUGCUGGAUGUGAUCUGCAAACCUGCAGAAAUGCCUCUAUGGAAUUACAGUUUAAAAUGGUGAUCAGCUUACGCUAUGCAAAGGAGUGUUUAAAAGAGUUUAAGAAUUUGCACAAUGUAGCCCUUGUUCCAUUCAUAAUGUAUUUUAUUUUCUUUAAUGCUGAUAUCAGAUCAUUUCCUGUUGCCUCCCAGUAAACAAUAGUUAUUUUUAAAAGUUGAAAGAAAUGCCAUUUCCAUUUCCUUGUAAGCUGCAUGUUUCUGGAAUCAAUGGAAGACAAUGGACCCUAACUCAGGAGUUUGUUGAAGUCUUAUUUAUGAAUAUCAUUUUUAAUAUUAAUUAUUAAUAACGGUUUAUUAUCAAUUUAUUUUAUUCGUAAGAUCAAAAACUCAUACGUUAAGUCUUUGUGAACAGGACCCAAUCGUGACAUUCUACAAAAUGAUCAGUUUUAUUCUUUUACAAUUGAAGACGAAUGAAAGCUUUGUUUUACUGCUCUAUUGUGUGUUUAACAGUGCUUCUUGCACAGUGUAUCUCUGAUUUAAGUGUGCAAAGGGAAUCUAGUAAGGCUCAUUCCAUGACUUUAAAUAUAACUUUUCUACUGCUGAUUAACUUUGGCCUUUUACUGUGUGCCACUUGCCACACCUACCAAGUAGCAAUUGUUCUUAUUUUCUGAAUUGUAUUGCCAGGACUAAUGCAACCAUUUUCAUUGGCCCUGCAUUUGCUGGUAAGGAAAUACUUUUAACAGUUUGAAUGUCUGCACAAAGUGCAUUUUUAAUGCCUGUUUUAAACUGUUUUAUUAAUCAAGCAUGUAGUAACCUUCAGGUUUCUUGUUUGUAAAUUAUAUUACGGUGCCAACAUAUCGGAAAUGAUAUUGAAUGCCGCCUUUAUUGAUGCAAGGUGACCGGUUUUGUAGUUGUACAAAGUCAUGUCUUUCAACCACUGCAGUAAAUGUAUUUCUUGUACAAGUUCUAUCACUAGGUGUUGUAUCAUAUCUAACAUUUGUAAUUAUAAAAAUAAAACACUGCCGUUUGUAUAAA